CUUCCAUUGCAGUGUUUUGAUACUGCGUGCUGCAGGCAACCGACUAAGCUGAGCGAUAGAGAAAUGCAUUAUCAGUACUGAGUCUCUAAAACGCUAGGCAUGCCUUACACCAAAACCCUCCCAGCCAUCUUCGUGGCUGCGGUCUGGCUAGUCUGUCAGGUUGAAGCAGGAUGGCCUUUAUGCAAGCAGAAAUGUGAUGCAAACUUCAGCAAAGACCAACUACUUGAACACCCGGGCGUAGCAGCUGUUUGUCACCGCGGCUGCGAGCUUUUCACAGUUGCAUUGUUAGCGACGCCACAGGGAGAGCUGCCCAUGAUCAAAGGAAUGAGUUUCCCGCACGGUCCUCUCAAUGUGAACCUGGAACCAAAACUAACCAGCCUACUCCUUGGUCUCCCUGUUACGAUGGAUCAAAAGGCAAAAGGCGGUGAAACCAAGGAGAGCAAGAAUCAGAACAAUCGAACAUCGAUUAAGAAAAAAGUACUCGAAGAGAACGAAACAAAAGUGCAAAAAGGAGAGAGGCUUCGUGCAAUUUUCGAAAAAAUGGAGCAUGAGAAGCAAAAGAUACGGGAAAGGCUAAUGAACAUGGAGAAAAUGAAAACUGGACACCUGAAGACAGAUGGAGAAACAAAGAACGAAAACAUCCCCAAGCUGCCCGAUGAAAAGCACCAAAAUGACAACAAGAAGUUAGUCGCCAUUGCAGAGCCCGAGAAGAAAAAUAUUCACCAACAUGCGAUCGUUUUUUCAAAACCAGUUCCUUCGGCUGCUCAUCAAAAUAAAACUCUUCAAGAGUCAAUUCAUCCUCCGAUUAAAGUUGUGACAGGUCAAGAAGCGAAGGAAAUUCUGGAUGUUGUUCGCUCCGCUGAACACACGACAACUAAACCAGCAAAAGCUCAUGGGCCCGUCAAGAUCGAAUUCACAGAAAAAAACAAACUCAAGGAACAAACUAACAAUUCCAAUGGGAAAGUUAACAUGAAAAAAGCAGUUGAUGACAAAUCUACCAGUGAAAAAUCAAAAUUGAAGCCUCAUGAACCGGUGUCGAAGACCACUGCACAACCAGCACCCCAUCCAGUCCAAGACCAUCCAGUUCAAGCAAGUCGGCAAAUCACAACGGACUCCAGUGAUGGCGACGAAAGGAAACCUACCACGCCACAAUCAUCCAACCCAGCGUCGGAUCACAAGUCCCCUGAAUUCGACGUAUUCACCAAACUCGCCAACAAAUUGAGCUCAUCAGUUAAAAAUGAAGUGCACCCAUUCUUCCGUUUAAGCUUCAACGAACCCAAAAGUUUGGUUGUUGUCCCUGCUGAUCAGGAACUGAACAUCAUCGAGAUCAUCAGGAGGAAGAACAACAUAGACUUCGAGAAACUGCACGAGGACCACAUGAAGGAAAUCAUCCACUGCCCCAUGAUCAUCGAUCACUUUGAAGAAGCAAAACAUUCUUGCAGACUUGCUUGCGCCACGGCCUUUAAAGUCAUCAAGGAGCAAGAAGCGUGCGUGGUAGGCUGUCAGUUCCAAGCCUCAUCAUCCACCGAUCAGGUCCGAGCUCAGACAACGGAACCAAACUUCGGGAGCCCAAGUAGCCUCUUCUCAGCUGUACGACAGAUGUUCUCCGGCCUGGCAACCAAGUUCGGAUUUGAAAAGGCCCCAGACUUCUCGGCACCUGAUUUCAUAGAAGUUUCAGUCCAAGAGUCUCCGGAGCAGAAGACAGUAUCGCAAGUUGCUGUUGAAGUUUUCCUUGACAAAUCUGGGCCACAAACCAUCGAGACCAAAACCAUCGUAGGCCCUCGAGGGCGAAUUGUCAACUCGGAGACGGUACAGUUUGUCGGAGGAAUGCCGCUCGGUACACCCAAUGACCUGCUGCAUCAACAGCUCGAGAACCACAAAAAAAUGCUGCACAAAGAAAUGGAGUUUCAAGGCAAGCUUUUGGCAGAAGACCCAUCAGGCAUCGAUUUUGAACUCAAUCGACAGCUGGAAAUCAUGGGAAAACACUUGACAGAAGAUAUGCAAAAAGCUGGGGGUAUGCCUCCGUUUUUCCCAUCGUUCUUCGGCAAAACGAUUUUCCCUAAAACAAUCAAAAUUGAGAAAGAUGACGGCAAACAUGUACCAGAAGCAAAGAAAACUGGUCUUGAUGGGAAAGAGAGAAUAACUUUAUUCGACAAACCUUUCCCGGCGCUGUCCAACACCGAAGAUGUUGCAUCAAAGGCCAAGGUAAACGUCAAUAAAAACCAACCAAAAGAGAUUACCAUCAACCAAGACAAACCUGAAGGCAAGGACAGGGAAGUGAUAAGUGUCCGAGACGAUCUUGGCAACACUCUCAUCAUGGAAGUUCACUCGAUGGCAGGUAACAACAAACAAACUCUGGAGACGUCCAUUGCUCAGCAAUUGGAUCUUCUGGAUUGCAUCUCGCGAAAAUCCGGACUUCCUCGCUGGCUGAUCGUAUUCUCGCUGUACACGUCGGUGCUGGUCGUGUUUUGGCUCUGCUUCUUGCUCUACGCCUACAUCGAUGAAGCGAAGGCUACCAAUAAAAAGAUUGGGAAGCUAUCGUACGAGGCAGUGAAGCAGUCGAGCGACAUCGAAGAUUCAGACGACGACUGCACUGAAGUCAAGAAACUCUUGAUGCACGAACCCUCUUUCGACAUCCUCGUCCGAAAAGUCUAACGCAUGUAAUCCUGGAGCAAUUACAGUAAGUUACUUAUUAUGCAUAGGCGGUCGAGUUGUCCAUCUGUAUUGAUGGUAAUAGCAUCACU